AAGAGGUAGACACUCGUAGCUCCAGUGAUCACCACCUGGAGACCACGAGCACCAUCUCCACCGUCUCCAGUAUGUCCACACUGUCCUCGGAAAGCGGCGAGCCCACGGACACCUACACCACCCACGCAGAUGGCCAGACGUUCAUUCUUGAUAAGCCGCCAGUGCCUCCAAAGCCAAAGCUCAAGUCCCAGCUCAGCAAGGGCCCGGUGACGUUCAGGGACCCCCUGCUCAAGCAGUCAUCCGAUAGCGAACUGCUCUCACAGCAGCACGCGGCUGCGCUGGCUGCUGCUGCGGGAGCCUCAGGCCCGGCCAGACCCCGCUACCUCUUCCAGAGACGCUCCAAGUUGUGGGGGGACCCCGUGGAACCCCGUCCGCUUUCGGGGGCAGAGGAAGGCAAGCCCACUGUGAUCAGCGAGCUCAGCUCUCGGCUGCAGCAGCUGAACAAGGACACGCGCUCACUCGGGGAAGAGCCGCUUGGAGCUUCACUUGACCCCGGAAGGAAAUCGCCCGUGGUUGGUGCAAGACGUUUGGAGCCCCCGAACUAUCUCAGCAUUGGACGACCACUGAUGUGACAAGGACAUGGA